AUGUUUUGUAUAGUAUCGCAAAAAACUAACGGUGCGAACAAUGGUUUAGACGACAAAAAUGAUACACAAUUGAAACGAUUGACUCGUAUUUAUAGAGAUCUGUUGGAAACCAUUGGCGAAGACACGGAAAGAGAGGGUCUAUUGAAGACACCGGAGAGGGCAGCGAAAGCACUGUUGUAUUUCACUAAUGGAUAUCAAUUGAAAAUCAAUGAUGUCUUGAAUGAUGCCGUGUUUGCUGAAGACACCGAUGAGAUGGUUGUCGUCAAAGAUAUUGAAAUGUUUUCCUAUUGUGAACACCAUUUGGUGCCCAUCUAUAGCAAAGUGUCUAUCGGUUAUCUGCCCGACCAUAAGGUGCUGAGACUCAGCAAAUUGGCCCGAAUUGUGGAAAUGUUUGCCCGAAGACUAAGAGUUCAGGAAAGACUGACCAAACAAAUAGCCGAAGCAGUGGCUGAAGCUAUCAGUCCUUUAGGAGUCGGUGUUGUUGUUGAGGCCAAACACAUGUGUAUGAGCUCUCGUGGGGUACAGAAAAUCAAUGGCAAAACUAUAACCAGUUGUAUGUUUGGACAGUUCAGAGAUAAUCAUAAAACUAGACAUGAAUUUCUAUCAAUGAUUUAA